AUGGCUCUUGAAACAAUGCAUAAAGACUCAUGUAUGUGUUCAAAAUCUGAACUCGAUUUAUUUUCUGUUCCACUGACUCAAGUGGUAAUGGAAAAAGGAUUUUGGGAAGAUGUUGAUCCUAUUACAAGUAUAUCUUCUUCAGAUACGAUAGAAUUUUUAUGUGCUGCAAAUUCUGGAGUUUAUACUGACUUAGCAAGCAGUUACCUAUACGUUAAAGCAAAGAUCACUACUGCGGCUGGAGGAAAUGUGAAUGCGGACAUUCAAGUUGGCCCUUCAAACCUUUGGAUGCAUGCAUUAUUCUCACAAGUUGAAGUAUUUCUGAACAACAAACUGAUCACCCCAUCAAGCACAGCCUACCCUUACCGAGCGUAUAUCGAAACGAUCCUGAACUUUAGUAAAGACGCCAAAGAUUCACAUUUAACCUCAGCACUAUUCUAUAACGAUAAAGCUGGAAAGAUGGAUGUAGUAAACCCUCUCGCACAAGAUCUCAACGUCAACACGGGAUUAAAACAACGCCAUGCAUAUACACGUGAAAGUAAAUCUGUCGCCAUGGAAGGAAGAAUUCAUUCUGAUCUACUCGCGCAAGACCGUUAUAUUCUUGGUGCUGUUCCAAUCAAGAUCAAGCUGGUAAGAUCUAGAGAUCCGUUUUGUUUGGUAUCAUCCGCAGAAAAUCCCAAUUUCAAAGUGGUCAUUGAAGAAUGUUUGUUUCGUGUACGACGAGUUAAUGUAGCACCUAGUGUUAUAAUGACUCAUUCCCAGUCCCUUCAACAAAUCACUACCAAAUACCCAAUCAACAGGAUCGACUGCAAGGUUGUCUCCGUACCUCGGCGGAACAUGUCUGGAAAUCAACCUAACAUAUUUCAAGGUGGUUUACCAAAUCGUAUCGUGAUUGGAAUGGUCGACGCAGAUGCCUUUAACGGUACAUAUACGAAGAAACCGUUCAAUUUAAAAAAUUACGAUAUUACAACCAUGGGUCUCACUGUCAACGGAGAGAACUUACCUGGAAAACCAUUACAGUUGAAAUUUGGAGCAGACAGUAAUUACAUUUCUGCUUUUCAAACCCUGUACGCUGACGCACACAAAAUUUUUGAAAAUCAGGGCAAUGGUAUAACUCGUGAAGAAUAUGCAAACGCUUAUACGCUGUUUGUGUUAGACCUCACUCCUGACCUAUGCCUUGGGGAUCAUGUACAACCGAUUAAGAACGGAAAUGUCUCAAUUGAAUGUCGAUUUGGAACACCUUUGGAGACGGCUAUAAAUAUCGUGGUACUUGGUGAAUUUCAAAGUCUUAUCGAAAUUGAUGCGAACUGGAACGUGCUGUGUGAUUUCAACAAUUGAAUAUGAACUCGCUGCAGAUUAUGAACAUUCUCAAGAAUGAUCCAUUUACAAGGACGGUGUUUAAGGACGUUUUACCAUCAAAUCGUUUACCUCGCGAAAUAAGAAAGAGAUCUAGAGGGUAUAUACUUAACACGGAUCCUUCCGAUAAACCUGGAUCGCAUUGGAUGGCUGUGUAUCUUACAGAAGAUGGCAAAGGGGAAUUUUGGGAUUCUUAUGGUCAGGCUCCUGGAUUUUACAGUCAGAACUUUACUCAAUUUUUGGACAAACAUUGCGGUACAUUUACGUGGAACAGAAGAAUUUUGCAAGCCCCAUGA